CCCGUUAAUACUGGCAGAGCAGGAAGCAGGUGACGUGGGUUUAGGGUUUAGGAAAGCUCAUCUCUUUCAGUCUCUCUGCGUAAAUUGGGAAGAAGAACCCAAUAAUAAACACCAAAAAGCAAAAGCUUGAUCUCCGGCGCCGAAUAAAUUUCAGUUCAUCUCUCUCGCUCUCUCUACCUCCGAUCUAAAUAAAUGGUUGCACCAUGAUUUUUUGCAGCCUUCUCUUUUAUAGAAACCUGAAACAUAGCCGCAAAUUAGUCGACAUUUCUCGGAAUAAUCAUCGAUUUAUUUCGGCGAAUCAGAACACUGCUAAUGUCAAUGCUAAAGCUCUUUACUUUUCGAGAUACUACUGUUCUGAGUGGACUGAAGAUGUAGAAUAUCUAGAUGAAUCAGGGAGUGUUAUUUACUCAGGGAAAGGAAUAAGGUCGGUUGAGCCUGGGGUUGAUGAUCAUGUAAUGGUGGGUGGGUUGAAGAAGCCUAUUUUGAAUGCUUCCGCAGUUGCAAAACUUGUUGAGAUUGUGAAGAGGUGGAAGUGGGGCCCUGAUAUGGAGACUCAAUUGGAUAAGCUCCAGUUUAUACCAAAUAUGACUCACAUUAUGCAAGCCUUGAAAGUUAUGGAAGAUAGUAAUGCUUCGUUAAGUUUAUUUCGGUGGGCAAAGAGACAACCUUGGUAUAAGCCAAACGAUGCUUGCUACAUUACCCUGUUCGAUAAAUUGAACCAAAGCAGAGAUUUUGAUGGAAUUCAAUCGGUUUUUGAUGACAUGGUCCUUGAUUCUGGCGAAAAUGGGGCAUCUCUAUUUAAUGCGUAUAAUCGAGUCAUCCAAUACCUAGCCAAGGCAGAGAAAUUUGAGGUGGCAUUCUGCUGUUUUAACAAAAUUCAAGAGUCUGGUUGCAUAGUUGAUACCCAGACCUAUAACUCCCUUAUCACCGUGUUCCUAAACAACGGUUUGCCAUAUAAGGCGUUUGAGAUAUAUGAGAGUAUGGAAAAAGCUGGGUGCUCGUUAGAUGCAUCGAGUUAUGAGUUAAUGAUCCCAAACCUCGCAAAGUCAGGACGCCUCGAUGCAGCAUUCAAACUCUUCCAGCAGAUGAAGGUGAAUAACUUUCGUCCAGGUUUUGGGAUCUUUGCCUCCCUCGUUGAUUCUAUGGGUAAAGCUGGGAGGUUGGACACAUCAAUGAAGGUAUAUACUGAAAUGCAGGGCUUCGGGCUCAGACCAUCUGCUACUAUGUUCGUAUCCUUGAUUGAGUCUUUUGUGAAGGCUGGAAAAUUAGAGACUGCUCUAAGGCUGUGGGAUGAAAUGAAGAAAGCAGGGUUUAGACCUAACUAUGGGCUAUACACCAUGAUUGUUGAGUCCCAUGCAAAAUCUGGAAAGCUUGAUAUUGCAAUGUCUGUCUUCUUGGAUAUGGAAAAGGCGGGAUUUUUGCCCACUCCUUCCACCUAUUCUUCUCUGCUGGAGAUGCAUGCUGCCUCUGGUCAUGUAGAUGCGGCUAUGAAGCUUUAUAACUCGAUGACUAAUGCAGGUCUGAGACCAGGAUUGAGUACUUAUACGGCCUUGCUAACUCUUCUUGCCAAAAAGAAGCUUUUGGAUGUUUCUGCAAAGAUUUUACUGGAAAUGAAGGCCAUGGGAUAUUCAGUUGAUGUGAAUGCUAGUGAUGUUCUAAUGGUUUACAUUAAAGACGGUUCUGUUGAUCUUGCUUUAAUGUGGCUACGGUUUAUGGGUUCAUCAGGAAUCAGGACGAAUAAUUUCAUAAUACGGCAGCUCUUUGAAUCGUGCAUGAAGAGCGGAUUGUACGACUCAGCCAAACCUCUCCUUGAAACAUACGUGAACUCUGCUGCCAAGGUUGACCUCAUUCUUUACACUUCAAUUCUUGCCCAUUUAGUAAGAUGCCAAGAUGAGAACGAUGAGAGGCAUUUAAUGUCGAUCUUGAGUGCUACGAAACAUAAGGCUCACACUUUCAUGUGUGGGCUCUUUACUGGGCCAGAGCAGAGGAAACAACCAGUUUUAUCUUUUGUGAGGGAAUUCUUCCAAGGUAUUGAUUAUGAGCUAGAAGAAGGAGCUUCUAGGUACUUUGUUAAUGUUCUCCUUAACUAUCUUGUCCUCAUGGGACAAAUAAAUCGUGCUCGUUGUGUAUGGAAAGUUGCCUAUGAAAACAAACUUUUCCCCAAGGCUAUAGUGUUUGAUCAACAUAUUGCGUGGUCCCUUGAUGUUAGAAACUUGUCAGUGGGAGCAGCUCUCGUGGCAGUGGUACAUACGCUUCAUAGGUUUAGGAAACGGAUGUUGUAUUAUGGUGUUGUCCCUAGGAGGAUCAAGUUGGUCACUGGACCAACUUUGAAAAUUGUGGUGGCACAAAUGUUAAGCUCGGUGGAAUCACCCUUCGAGGUCAGUAAGGUUGUUUUGAGGGCUCCAGGAGAUGCUGUCUUGGAGUGGUUUAAGAAACCAAUUGUUCAGCAAUUUCUUUUGAAUGAGAUUCCAUCAAGGGCUGACAUUUUAAUGCAUAAACUCAACAUACUUUUUCCAACAUCUGCACCGGAAAUUAGGUCUUUGUCCCCUCCUAAGCCUCUUGUUGCUGGAAAAGCAAUAUAGUUAUUAAUGUGUAAAAUGGCUUAUAUAGUUCAUACUAGAGAUUUGGUUUCACUUGUUCUGGUGCGCAAAGAGGUGGAAAAGAUAUUAUUUCUAUGUAUCAAAAUGCUAAUGUGUUUGGGUGGAUUGAAAUUAGAUCUGAAUCCGUUAUAAAGGAUAUAUAGUUGCUUGCAUACAAAAUACAUGCUGGAAAUGUGUACAGAUGCGUGUACCUUUUAUUCUUAAUCUGAAACUUAAUGGUAGUGUUUA